AGUCAGCCACGGGCUGUCUGUUGUUCCCGCGUUGUUGGUUUUUAACAGUGGCUCGUCAAGAAGGUGUAUUUGAACUUUUUUUUUCUUGAUACAUUUUUUAUCUUUUUAUAAGAAAAAAACAGUAGGUGCACGUGUUUGUGUGUGUACGGCUGUGCAGAAGAAUGCAGUAGAAUGCAUAUCCAGGAAAAAUGCUUUCUGCUAAGGCUCUGCUUCUUAGGCGGGGUCGCCUUUUCCUUGACGACCGCCAAUACUGAAAUGCGAAUUGCCACAACACCCGAUAUGAAUAGCGAAGAUAUCUUAGGAACACAACUUUUUCAAACAGAAUGGCGAAAUAAUAUAACAGAAUUAAAAAGUGCGUAUCCAACAAAAGAAGUUGAUAUCAAGACCACUACCGAAGCAAAGAAAAAACCUGUAAUAGACUUUACCAAAACCAAAGGUGAUCAGAAAUACCAAAAACCUAUAAUCAGAGAUGAUGAUACAAAAAAAAACGCAGAUUCCGAUACUUUAAUGACAUUAUCAAUUUCAUCCACGACUACUCCAACAAAGAUUGAUCAAUCUUCCAUGACAAUGAAAUCCAUAAAUGCCACAAGUAUAUCGAUUCCAUUUCUUCUUCGUGGAGAACCGAUAAUUGCUAUGACGAAGACGACACUAAUCAACAAUCUUACUGCCCAGAAUAUGAUGAACACUACAAUGGGAAUUCAAACUACGGAAGAAACAACCUCAUUAAGAGGCAGAGCCUUAAACAUUUCCUCUCCGGAACCAACGAACUCAUUGCAUACUAAUAUCACGGAUCUUAGUGACAUCAGCAUGGACGAGGAUGACAAGGAUGUCGAAGGCGGAGAAUACAUCGCAUCGCACAAUGAAACUGCCAUAAACGUUUCUUCGACAUUAUUUCCGAAAAUACCAACGUGUAUCUAUGGAAAUCAUACUUAUACAGUAGGUGAAAAAGUUAUCCGAGAUUGCAAGGACAAGUGCAUAUGUUCCGAAAAUGGAAUUACGGAUUGUCAACCGUUAUGUGUUUUUCCUUAUGUCAGGGCGGGCAAAGAUAUUGGAGAUACUUUGUGUCAAGAAAAAAUAAUCACUGAGGACUCAUGCUGUUCCCUUGUUGUCUGUGCCACAGAUUCGGCUACCGAACCGGAAGAAACAUGCAUACUUGGUAACAAGACCGUGAGUAGAGGACAACGCAUUGAAGAUGGCUGUUCCAAAGUAUGCAUCUGUGAGGCUGGUGGUCAUUUAAAAUGUCAGUCCAGAUGUCCACCAAAUGAGACUAUUUCUGUAGUCAACCAGCAUGACCGCUGCGUUGUAUUACCUGAUCCCAGAGAUGCCUGCUGCACUAUUACACUUUGUGACGUUACUUUGGGCGACCAUGAGAUUAAAUCAGACAAUACCACUGACUUAAAUGUGCAUUUGAUAGAUGUAAAAGUGUUAAACUCAACAGCAAUCAAACUGAAGAUGUCUGUAAAAAACCUCCAAGAUGUUACCAUAGAGAUCUCACAGAACAAUCAUGUGUGGAGACAGCAGAAACCUGACAAAGAUGGUAUUCUUUCAAAUUUGGAACCUGCACACACAUACUACGUUCGUGUAACAGACGGAAGUCGUACCGGACCAGCCAUACAAGUGUCUCUGCCAGCUGAAGUAGUAAAGACAAACAUUUCAGAGAAAACGUCUGACAAGAAUUCCUGCAAUUACAGAGGAAAAUCAUAUAAAAUUGGUGCAGAAUGGUACGAUGAAUGCAUCUUCUUCUGCAUUUGUGCGGAAGGUGGCAAAAUUGAAUGUAACACAAUAGAAUGUCCCACAGACUUUGGACUGGAUGUGCUGGAUCCUCACUGUCUAGAUUGGGAAACAGUUCCAGCAAAUUUUGUUCCAAAGGCACCGCAGUGUUGCCCUCAGGAGGUACGCUGUAGAAAUAAUGGAUCCUGUAACUAUGAUGGAGUUACAUAUGAUAAUUGGAGCGAGUUACCCUCAAAUGUCACUGGAUGUGAAAAACGUUGUUAUUGUGAAAUGGGCAAUGUAUCCUGUCAAGCUGCUUGUAAACCUGUAACAGCUCUACCACCUACUAAUUUGCCGUGUCCUCCUCAUCAGGCAACAUUGAUGCAUUUACCUAUUAAUCCAUGCUGUUUGCAGUGGGCUUGUAGUCAUUUGUCACAAUUGCCAGGUUUGGACCAUAAUAUUAUACCUCCAGGCUUUUCACUAUCUGGAUUUGCAACUGCAUCUUCCUCCAGUGAAGUCAUAAUGCAAAUACUGGAAGCGCUAGAUGAACAUACAGUUCGGCUAGUAUUUACUAUACCCCAAGUUCUGGUAGGAUUGCAUGGAAGAGUCGAACUACGAUAUACCAGCGAUAAAACAAAUUUUGAUCCAUCUACGUGGAAAGUACAAGUGUUCGCCCCUCCUGAUGAUUUAAUUGCAACACCUCAACUCGAAUUUGAGUUAGGUGAUUUAAAGCCAAUGACUGAAUAUAAAAUGAAGAUUACAGUGAAACUGAAGGAUUUGGCCAAUAGUCCAACUAGCAAGAUUUAUAGUGUACGUACGUUAGAGAAACGUGCAGAAGAGAUAACUUUGCCGCCGCAAAUACUAAUUGACGCUGAACUUAGAAUAGUGGAAACAAACUCUACCUGGAUCAAUGUUAUGUGGAAGAAAUUCACAGAUUACGAGUUACAAUUCAUAGACGGCGUUCAAUUGAGAUAUAAAGAACAUGAUGGUAAAGUUUAUGCGACAACACCACUGAUUCAUCGUGCUGUAACAAAUUGUGUAAUUGAAAACUUGAAACCAUCAACCACGUACGAAAUCGGUAUUUACUUUAUACCAUUUCCGGGACAAUCAACGGAAUUAAUAAGCGAGAAAACAACUCAGGUAGCUACGUUGAUGGAGCCAGACCCAUACUCUUUUGAGAUAAAAGUUGAGAUUAAGACGAUCAAAUCAACAAACGUAGAAGUGCUAUGGAAUGGUGUGCCUUAUCCAGAGGACAAAUAUGUGAACAUUUAUCGUGCAAUUUAUCAAAGUGAUACCGGCAAAGAAGACACUAGUAUUUUCAAAAUUGCUAAAAGAGAUUCUGAUGCCAAAACCGUCAUCAAUGAUCUCAAACCUGGCACUAGGUAUCGACUAUGGCUUGAAAUAUAUUUAACCAAUGGAAAAAUAAAAAAGAGUAAUGUGCAGGAUUUUAUUACUAAGCCAGGUGUUCUCUUACCGGCUACUGUGUCUCAACAAGCUGGAAAAAUCGCAUCGUUUCCUCUUUAUGAAGGAGAUUACUAUGGUCCCUUAGUAAUAGUGGCCAUUGUGGCUUCCUUGGCAAUACUAUCAACUCUGAUCUUGUUAAUGAUGUUGAUGAAAAGACGAACGAGUAUUAAGGCCGAUAUAUCAUCUCGUAAAACAACAUCAGCAUAUGACAAUCCUUCCUACAAGACUUGUGAAGAUGCAGUUAUAAUAUCUAAUGGAAGGAACAAAACUACAACAGAUCAUGAGAUGGCAAUCGUCAAUUUAAAUGUCAAGGAGAAACUGCCUGAAGCUCUAUAAUUUAUUAGUGAAUAUUUAUUUAUAUAUACGAUAUAUAUAUAUUCAUAAUAUUCCACAAAUCAUAAAUUAUUAAAUUUUAACAAUAUUUUCUUAAUAUACAUGCUAAAUUAGUAUAAAUCUAGAUAGAAAUCACAUAGAAUAAGUAUUGUUAAU